UACAUCAAGAAAGUGCUAUUUUUAUCUUCAGCAAUAUUUGACAGGGGAAGGCUCAUAAAUGUAAAAGCUCUAGUCUCUAUUUUUUAAAAAUCGAAAAAAGAUUCAGAUUUUGACUUCCGCCGCCAAGUUUUCAAAAUAAAGCGGCUUUCGCGCUGCUGCGUUGAGUGACGUCACGGCUUCCCGCCGUCAAAUACGAUCUUUAAUUUAUCGAAAUACCAGUCGGUUUCGAGGAUAGUUUUCGGUUCCUGUCGUGUUGUUGGAACUAGAGAAACACAACAACGUCACGACUCACUCGGCGCCAGAAUGGAAACGCUCGCGCUCACUCUGACGACGUUGCCGAAUAGGAGAUCUGGACGGACCCUUGACGUCACGUCGGCGACUCAACACCAGCGUGCUUACUCUGGCUACACGAUAACGGCGGUAGCUGUUGUUGUGAAGACGAGUAAACAAAGAAACGAACCUUGUAGGCGAAGCUCCGCAGACGGCAACUCUUGUUUUGGAUUUAGUGAUGGCGGUUUCUCCGGUGGGCGGGGCUAAGACCGUGAGACCAGCUCGCUGAUUGGUGCCGAACGAUGACAAAGCAAGUCUUCCUCGUCUGGUUGAAAAAAAAUGGCGGAUGGCAGAAACGCGAUUGUUGCGCUUCGUCACCCUCUGUCGGCAGACAACAGAACGACCCGUCCUCUUGAUCUCCAGCAGGCACCUUUCUAGCGCCACACGAUUAAUCUCCACUAGGUCCACGGGGCGGCGCUACAGGCACAUGGUUGGCUAUUCUUGAGCUCAACAGCGCCAUGCCAGCGUUUUGGGACUGGCGUUGCCUGGCAACAGCUGGACGGUCGGAUGCCUGCGGAAACAAGAGUGAGGUGUUGAGAAACGGAAACAUAUUUGGAACUUGUUAAAAGUUGCAUCAAGGCAGCCGCCCACGAGCAACGCAGUCCAGUUUCUGCCUUCAAAUGUGGCUGGUUGGAAGAGGAUGAUGAUGAUUAUGAUGAUGAUGAUGAUGAUGUCCCCACUCUGGAGCAUCUUCCUGCCCUUCUCGUCCCAUGGUCUUCCUCAUGCUCCCGCACCUACGCUUCACUCAUCCUUUGGUUCCCAUCAUUCUUCUGCUCUGUUUCUCCUUCUGGCUCCGGAUUUCAACUCCUAUAAAUCGCUCACUCUUUAUCAUCCACUCCACUCCACUCUCCUCCUUCCGCUCAUCCCUCCCACACCUUCCCUCCUCCUCCACCUCUCUCUCCUGCCGUGGCUUCAUCACCGCUGUGAUGUGAAGCAGCAGAGUUCAGAGCUUCUCCUCCUCAUCUCCUCUGGAUGUGAUGAUGUUGCUGCUUUGAAGACCACAGCAGCGAACCAUGAUCCGUCCCUCUGGGUCCGGGGCCCCUGCGCCGCCACGACAGGAGGAUCUGGACCUGUUCAUCAUCAACGUGGGCGGCAGCCGCUACCUGCUGUCCCGAGAGCUGCUGACGUCCCGGCCCGACACCCGGCUGGGAAGACUGGCCCGCUCCGGCCGCGACUGCGCGCUGCAGUGGUGUGAUGAUGCCGACCUGCUGCAGAAUGAGUUCUUCUUCGACCGCAGCUCGCAGGCUUUCCGGUACGUGAUGAACUUCUACCGCACCGGUCACCUGCAUGUCAUGGAAGAGCAGUGCCAGCUGUCCUUCCUGCAGGAGAUCCAGUACUGGGGCAUCGAUGAGCUCGCCAUCGACCCCUGCUGUCAAGAACGAUGCCACCGCCACAAGGAGCAGAAGGCAACUCUGGACCUACGGCGAGAGCUGGAACCUGAUGAGGCUGAGGAGGACUUCACCGGCGCCGUGUGCCCGGCGCUCCGCACGCGCCUCUGGGACCUUCUGGAAAAGCCAGACUCCUCAUUUGCUGCCCGGACCUUCGGGUCGCUCUCUGUGUUCUUCGUGGUGUUGUCGGUGGUCAACAUGGUGCUGAUCUCUCUGGAACCCGGCGAGGACUUGCUGGACUGGCUGGAGUACGUGUGUGUGGUGUGGUUCAGUGCAGAGCUCCUGCUGCGCUUCCUGUGCGUGCGGGACAAGCGGCGCUUCAGCCGCAGCGUGCCCAACUGGAUUGACCUCCUAGCCAUCCUGCCCUUCUAUGUCACGCUCACCGUGGAGUGCCUCCACGGAGGAACCAGCGAGCUGGAGAACAUGGGCCGGGUGGUGCAGGUGCUGCGCCUCCUGCGCUCGCUCCGGAUGUUGAAGCUCGGACGCCACUCCACUGGACUCAAGUCUCUGGGCCUGACCAUCGCUCAGUGCAACGAAGAGGUCGGACUGCUGCUGCUGUUCCUGGGCGUCGGCAUCUCCGUCUUCGCCACCACGGUUUUCAUGCUGGAGCACGACCUUCCUGCCACCACCUUCACCAGCGUCCCCGCCGCCUGGUGGUGGGCCACCACCUCCAUGACCACAGUGGGCUACGGAGACAUCCGGCCCGACUCGGCGGCCGGGAAGCUGCUGGCCUUCCUCUGCAUCCUGUCCGGGAUCCUGGUGCUGGCGCUGCCCAUCGCCAUCAUCAAUGACCGCUUCUCCGCCUGCUACUUUGCCCAAAAGAUGAAGGAGACGGCAGCGCGGCACGGGGAGUUGCUGAGGCGUCUGGCCAGGGCGUCGGAAGGGGAGGCGGGGGAGAGCGGGGUGAACCUGAGGGAUGCCUACGCCAGGAGCAUGAUGGAGAUGUGGAAGAUGAGGGGCCGCGAGAGGGCGAGUACCCGGAGCAGUGGAGGGGAGGAGCUCUGCUGGUAGAACGCCCCCUACAGGUACACCUGAGCACCUGCACCUGCUAGCCCAUAACAGAUAGAAAUUUUUUUUUUUUUGGCCAAUUCUGAUCAAUAUUUGAGUCGCGGUUGCUUUUCUACCCAACCUGUCAUGGCUAAUGUUGGUGGCAGUUUAAGAAGCUAACAGGAACUGUUCUGUCGUUCUCUGUAAUAAAUCACUGUUGGGGUCGCUACAGAUGUCGAUCCCACUUUGU